CCGGGCGGUUCGGCUCAACAGACGCUGGUGUGCCGGCGCCCGUGAGAGGCGCUGCAGUUGUCGCCGCGGCCGGGGCUGGGACGAGGCGGCGACAGCGGACGGGACAACCCAGGGUCGCCCACUCGCUGUGCGGCCGCGGCGGCUGCGCCCGAGUCUCCAGGAGACGGCGCGGGACGUGAGUGUCCUGGUACGCAGCCAGGCCUGCGUGGGCCGGAGGCCGCAGGAACCGGAGCCCGGGCGCCGCGGUGUUGAAACAAGGCACCUGUUGUGAAGACGCCACCAGUACCUCCUACCAUUGUCAACUGAUUCUUAUGGAAAUCUGUUAGUCCUACUUUUUGAGCACUUAUGAAUAACCACGUAUCUUCGGCACCAUCUACCAUGAAGCUAAAACAGACCAUCAACCCCAUUCUUUUAUAUUUCAUACGCUUUAUAGUAUUACUUUAUACUAUUAUAACAUACAUUCCAUAUUAUUUUUUGUCCGAGUCGAGGCAAGAAAAAUCAAACCAAAUUAAAGCAAAGCCCGUAAAUUCAAAACCCGGAUCUGCAUACAGAUCUGUUAACAGUCUGAAUGGCUUGGCCUCAGUGUUGUACCCUGGAUGUGACACACUUGAUAAGGUUUUUAUGUACGCAAAAAACAAAUUUAAGGACAAAAGACUCUUGGGAACCCGUGAAGUUUUAAAUGAGGAAGAUGAAGUACAACCAAAUGGAAAAAUCUUUAAAAAGGUUAUUCUCGGACACUACAAUUGGCUCUCCUAUGAAGACGUCUUCGUUAGCGCUUUCAACUUUGGAAAUGGCUUACAGAUGCUGGGUCAGAAGCCGAAGACCAACAUCGCCAUCUUCUGUGAGACCAGGGCCGAGUGGAUGAUCGCCGCGCAGGCGUGCUUCAUGUACAACUUCCAGCUCGUUACUUUGUACGCGACUCUAGGAGGUCCUGCAAUUGUCCAUGGAUUGAAUGAAACAGAGGUGACGAACAUCAUCACUAGUAAAGAACUCUUGCAAACAAAGUUGAAGGAUAUCGUCUCUCUGGUCCCCCGCCUGCGGCACAUCAUCACGGUUGAUGGCAAGCCGCCCACCUGGACCGAGUUCCCCAAGGGCGUCAUCGUGCACACCAUGGCCGCAGUGCAGGCGCUGGGAGCCAAGGCGAGCGCGGAACACAAACCUGAGAGCACCCCAGUGCCCUCGGAUGUCGCCGUCAUCAUGUACACAAGUGGGUCCACGGGGCUGCCCAAGGGGGUCAUGAUCUCCCACAGCAACAUCAUUGCCGGGAUCACUGGCAUGGCGGAGAGGAUCCCACGCCUGGGAGAGGACGACGUUUACAUUGGAUACUUGCCUCUGGCGCACGUUUUAGAGUUGAGUGCUGAGCUCGUUUGCCUUUCUCACGGAUGUCGCAUUGGCUACUCUUCACCCCAGACGUUAGCAGAUCAGUCUUCAAAAAUAAAGAAGGGAAGCAAGGGGGAUACAGCCAUGCUGAAGCCCACACUGAUGGCCGCGGUGCCGGAAAUCAUGGAUCGAAUCUACAAAAAUGUCAUGAAUAAAGUGAAUGAAAUGAGUGGUUUUCAACGUAACCUGUUUAUCCUGGCCUAUAAUUACAAAAUGGAACAGAUUUCGAAAGGACGGAGCACUCCGCUGUGUGACCGAUUUAUUUUCCAGAAAGUUCGAGGCUUGCUGGGUGGGAAUAUUCGGCUCCUGCUGUGUGGGGGUGCUCCGCUUUCUGCAGCCACACAGCGCUUCAUGAAUAUCUGUUUCUGCUGUUCCGUCGGCCAGGGCUACGGGCUCACUGAAUCUGCUGGUGCUGGGACAAUCACAGAAGUGUGGGACUACAACACCGGCAGAGUGGGCGCACCGCUGGUCUGCUGUGAAAUCAAAUUAAAGAACUGGGAGGAAGGUGGAUACUUUAAUACGGAUAAACCGCAUCCCAGGGGUGAAAUCCUUAUUGGUGGCCAGAACGUGACCAUGGGGUACUACAAAAACGAAGCAAAAACAAAAGCUGACUUCUUUGAAGACAAAAACGGGCAGAGGUGGCUCUGCACUGGAGACAUUGGAGAGUUUGACCCCGAUGGGUGUUUAAAGAUUAUCGAUCGUAAAAAGGACCUUGUAAAGCUUCAGGCAGGAGAAUAUGUGUCCCUUGGGAAAGUAGAGGCGGCUUUGAAGAAUCUUCCAUUAAUAGACAACAUUUGUGCAUAUGCAAACAGCUACCAUUCUUACGUCAUUGGAUUUGUUGUGCCAAACCAAAAGGAGCUGACAGAACUGGCUCGAAAGAAGGGACUUCAGGGCACGUGGGAGGAGCUGUGCAACAGCUGUGAGAUGGAAAAUGAGGUACUCAAAGUGCUGUCGGAAGCUGCUGUUUCAGCAAGCCUGGAAAAGUUUGAAAUUCCGGUGAAAAUUCGCCUGAGCCCUGAACCGUGGACCCCGGAAACUGGUCUGGUGACAGAUGCCUUCAAGCUGAAGCGCAAAGAGCUGAAAACACAUUACCAGGCGGACAUUGAGCGAAUGUACGGAAGAAAAUAGUGGUGCCCUUCAGCAUCAGCUCGCUGCAGGGAGCUCGGAUCAAAUAGGAAAAUACUUGAAAUGCAUGUCUCAGACCGUGAGGCGAACUCCAUUCCUCAUAUGAAACCCAAACUGUUGUUUCUCAUGACGUCACCACUUCUGACGGACAGGAUGAGUAAAAUGCUAAGACAGCAAACUCGUGUCUGUCUCUUCUUUCCUCCUCCCCGCAGUCACGGGCCACCUGGACUGCGCCUGUCAGCAUGAGGACUCCUCUUCCGAACCGCGCUGGGGAGCAGUGAUUUUAAAACCUCAAGUUUUUAAACAUGAUUUGUAUGUUCUGUAUAAUGUUCAGUUUGUAACUUUUUAAAGUUUGGAUGUAUAGAGGGAUAAAUAGGAAAUAUAAGAAUUGGUUAUUUGGGGGGCUUUUUUACUCACAGUAUUUAAAAAUGUAAGGUUAUAUGUAUGAUGUGAAAUUAUGUAAAUUUUAAAUGCUUAUGAAUCAAAUCACUGUUGAACAAAAGCUCUGUUUCUGUGUAAUUAUUGUCCUGUAUGCAUUUGAGAGAAAUAAAAUACAUCCAUACUUACGUUUUAAGAAAUCGAGACUUUGUGAAUAUAUGCCUGACAGCGUCUUCUUUUAUACACUUAUUUUUAUGAUGUGCAAACGAAGUGUGGUUGGUGCCGCAUGGAACAAAGUCGCAGUGGAGGGCUGUGAGCUGACAGGAAAGAAGAAAACACAGCAAAGGUAGCGCCAGUGGGCAACUAGCCUCUGGUAGCUCAUCAUCGAGACACUCAGUCUCAUAGUUAGCUGUUGAAACCAGGAAAACAUACCAACUUUUAGAGUUGAAAGCAAUUCUAAAAGUUAGAUGGGGUAGAACUUAAAAAACAAAGGGUAGAAAGUUAGUUAGUCUUUAUUCCACUGGUCGUAUGUACAUUGAGUUGUCUGUAUUUAUGAUACAUUAAUUAUGGAGAUGUAUUCUAUCCCACUCUCUUACUUUUCAUCUACAUGUUUAACCUAUUUCUCUUCCAAGUUAGGAUUUUUUUCCGAUGGUUCGCACUCGUGUGUGUGUGUGUGUGUGUGUGUGUGUGUGUAUUUGUAGCUUAUUGGAAAAGCAACUUACCCUUUCUAUCCUAAGCUUUCUACACUAGAAAACGAAAUAACCUGGAAUGCUUCAGAUACUAGUAUUCUUACUGAUUUCCAUGAGAACUUAAUUUAAUUAGAUACGUUUUAAUUUGUGGAUUUUCAUGUCCGCGUGCAACUUAUUUGUGAUUCUAAAGCAUUGCUUGUAUGAUACACAAAGUCUUCUCACGUGCGCUUCUUGUCUACUGUUUGAGCAUUAAGAGUGAUACUGUACCAACGAAGAUGUGUUCAAAUCAAGACUUUAAGAAAACAUAAGUACCGUGUUUUUAUGUCCUGUUGGUUAUUUUCUCGAUUCUCACUUUUUUAGGCAACAAAAGGUGAAAACCAAGCCGAAACAAAACGUGAACGUGGGUGUGUGCGGGUGGUGGGGGUGUCAAGGGCCCAGGGGUGGUUUCUGGUCGUGUCACGAAAGUCAUCUUUAGAGACAUUGCACAUGGUGUUUUGUCUGGUUUUGAACUUGACUUGUAUUCUUUUAUAUUUGUAUUAUGUUUUGAAUGCUUUUCUCUUCAUAGUUUAUCAUAAAGUUUGGAAAAACUGCCGAGAAUUAAAAAUAUGAAAUAAAUGAAAUGGAAACUA